AUGCCUCGAACAAAUACGACCGCGUCUCGCCCGCAGCCUAUUGCUCCGGCUCCUGAUGCUGGACGUGCACCCCCAGCCCUACGCCCUAUGCCUCUGGACGGUAACACGACCCUGCUCGGUGUUUCCUCCCCAUAUGGCACUGGACCGCUAAUGCAAACCCACCAUGAUCUUUAUGAUGGGAUACAGCUUACUCGUGUUGUUGGAUCUCAAGGUCGCCGGGGAAUCUUGCCUAGUUCUCCUGGUCGGCCUGCCGUCCCGGCUGCUGGCGCAACAGGGCUCGUCGUUCCUAUUAAGGAUGCUGAUGGCAAAUACCCUUGCCCUCAUUGCUCCAAGUCCUACCUCCACAGAAAGCACUUGAAGCGCCAUUUCCUUCGCCAUACUGGUGAUCGUCCUUACAUGUGUGUGCUUUGCCGAGAUACCUUUUGUAGAAGUGAUAUCUUGAAGCGCCACUUCCAAAAGUGCUCCAUUCGCCGUGGAAACCCCAGCGGGGUGAGCCACUUGUCCCACCCUCAAGCUCGCGUCAGGAACCACGCUCAGGGUGGGAAGGCUGGUAGCCUUGGUAAUGAAGAUGACUUAAACCACCUUCAUGGGUUGGACAUCAUGCCCUCCGACAGCAUGGCUUAUCCUUUUGCCAUGGUUCCCUUCUCUGGCGGCAUGAACAACAAGGCUGGUAACCAGGCUUAUAUUUCUCGUUCCGCCGGCUACGAACAAGACCGUAAUGACGAAGUCCCUAAGAUGCGGGUACCUCAGCCUUAUGGACCCAUGUUUUAA